AUGUUAUAUAUAUUAUUAAUUAAUAAACCAUGUAUUGUUGGUGAUACCUCCACACCCGUUACGGCAUCAUCAUCAAAUACGGCUGCUGCUGUACAGGACGAGGACAGCAAGUUGAUAAUGUAUAUUGUUGGUGGGGUUAUUGGUGUGAUCGUGAUUGGUAGUAUUCUUAUGAAGUAUCAAGCGCUGGGUGAAUAUACAUCUUUUUGGGCACGCAUUCUGGCUCUGGCAUUAGCAGGAGCGUCGGGUGGCUUUGGAAGUAUACAAUAUAGCCUUUACAACAACCUGGCGUGCCGUAACUUCACAGCGUUGGGUUACGGAGAUUGUCCAGCGCUACUCGCGAUUUACGUGAUGUGGGGUAUGGCUGCAUUUCACUUGAUAUUCAAUCUGCCUUUCCUAAUGGUUUCCCUCAAUAGAAUGGCCGACUGGUAUGCGAAAUUUGGACUGAUGUCACAGGCUUCGGUAUAUUUUUCUGUGAAUAGUAUGGCAGUAGCGACAGUAAAAUAUGCGGGAGGUGAUGUAAUUACGUUGGGAAUAGUGUCAGCGGGAAUUUUGGUUGCGAUAAUGUUCGCAAUGGCGUGGUUUCAAGGAGAAGACGGAGUAAUUAGAAGAAUUAUUGAUAAAGCUGAAGAUGCGGUAAGGGCAGCUAGUAAAAUGGCUGAGGAGGCGCUGGAGGAAGGACUUAAAAUGUAA